AGCGCGUGGGCCGGACGAGGCCGUCGCCGGGGCAACCGAGUGGCUUUGACGUCAUAGAAGGCGCAGCGCGAGGUGCGCCCAUGAUAUCAUCAGCGGGCGCCGCGCGAAAGGUCGCUCAUUCGGCCCAGACGGUUCCUUGGGAAAGAUGGCGGCGGCCGCGCUUUGGGGGUGCCGGAAAUGCCUUUUAAAUAUAUGGCUCGUGUCUGGACAGUGUUCAGGGCCCGCCCGCCACAUCUUCUUUAUACAUCGCAGCAGCAGACCAGCUCUACAGCUUUACAAGUCCAGAUGUUAUUCCUCGGGGGGCCGGAAAGGCUUUAUAUCUGGCUUUGUGGAGAAUAUCAAGCAGGAGCUAGCAAAAAACAAAGAGAUGAAAGAAAGUAUCAAGAAGUUCCGGGAUGAAGCAAAGAAGCUGGAAGAGUCGGAGGCUCUCCAGGAAGCGAGGAGGAAAUACAAAACCAUAGAGUCCGAAACAGUAAAGACUUCCGAAGUCAUUAAAAAGAAGCUUGGAGAAAUCACCGGCACGGUCAAAGAGAGCCUAGAUGAAGUCAGCAAGAGCGACAUCGGCCGAAAGAUCAAGGAAGGAGUGGAGGAAGCAGCCAAGACGGCCAAGCAGUCAGCGGAGUCAGUCUCCAAGGGUGGGGAAAAGUUGGGCCGGACAGCAGCGUUCAAGGCCAUUUCUCAGGGAGUGGAGACAGUCCGGAAAGAGAUUGACGAGAGCGUCCUGGGCCAGACGGGGCCUUACAAGCGGCCAGAGAGACUGCGGAAAAGAACGGAAUUUGCUGGGGAGAGAAGCAAAGAAGAGCGGGUGUUUGAAGCCAACCAAGAGGCGUUGGGGGUGGUGCUCCACAAGGACUCCAAGUGGUCUCAACAGUGGAAGGAGUUCAGGGACAACAACGUCGUCUUCAACCGGUUUUUUGAAAUGAAGAUGAAAUAUGACGAGAGCGACAACGCCAUCAUCCGGGCUUCGAGGGCUGUUACGGACAAAGUCACAGACUUCAUAGGCGGACUGUUCUCCAAGACAGAGAUGUCAGAAGUGCUGACAGAGAUUCUUCGCGUCGACCCCACUUUCGAUAAAGACCGGUUCCUGAAGCAGUGCGAGGAUGACAUCAUACCCAACAUCUUGGAGGCAAUGAUAACCGGAGAUCUGGAUAUCUUGAAAGACUGGUGCUACGAAUCGACCUACAGCCAGCUGGCGCAGCCGAUUCAGCAGGCAAAGGUGACGGGUCUUCAGUUCCGCUCCAAAAUCCUGGAUAUCGACAAUGUGGACCUUGCCAUGGGGAAGAUGAUGGAGCAGGGCCCCGUGCUGAUCAUCACUUUCCAAGCCCAGCUCGUCAUGGUGAUUGAGAACCAGCAAGGGGUCGUGGUGGAAGGAAACCCGGACAAGGUCUUGCGGAUGAUGUACGUUUGGGCCCUCUGCAGAGACCCCGAAGAACUCAACCCAUAUGCCGCCUGGAGACUCUUAGACAUUUCUGCUUCCAGCACGGAGCAGAUUUUAUGAGCGCGGCUUCCCUCCUCCUGCGCCCAUCUCGUUCUCAGCCCUGUGGCCUCAGACAGAACCUCUGCUGCGGGACAGGCUCUUUUGCACAAGGACCCGACGCAGAGGAUGCCCUCAGGAGUCUUCGUUUUCACAAGGGGGUUGGGGAUACCGGUUUUCAGAGACCCAGGACAGCCUCAGGUCCCCAUCUGCUGGAGCGGGGGGGCUUUCUUUGGAUUGACAGAUUUCCUGGCAUCCCAAGCCACUCUGCCAAACAUACCUGUCCCCAGGACCGUCUCUGAAGCAUUUUCAUCAGGUACAGCAUGUCACCCACUGGCCAUCCGCGGCUCCUGGAUCAUUUGGCUGCUGGAUCUUGGCACCGAGGCUCUGGCUCACUCUUGAUCAACCAGCUCAACUUGUUCACGCUUCUUGUACCGUCUCUACCCUUCUGCUUUUGUUCUCCUGGGGGCAUCAAGACGGCCAGCUCGCAAACAGAGAUGCUCGUCUCAGCCAGGAUCCACUUUCGAUGGCGCUAGGUGGAGGAAUGUUCGGUGAAGGCUGAAACUUGGGUGGCCCGGUCGGGGUAACCAAGCAAGAGAAGAACAGGUUCUCCAGCACAGGAAAUGGGACAGUGUGGGGGCCUUUUGGACGUGCUGUCGUUCAGGUGCUUGGAGGGGGUCUCUCCUCUCGUGAAGUCGGUAUGCUGGGCUGUUACAAGGGAAGGUGGCAGCCCUCCACUCCAUCUCACAGAUGCAUGUUACCCCCUCAUUGGGAAGGUCCCGAAGUAGCCAGUGGCGUGGAUCCGCCGCGCAAAGGAUAUCAUGGUGAUGGACUCAUCUACUGCCUUUGUAAAUGAAAUAAACCUAGCCAAAUACA